CUCUUCGUUUCUAACCUUCGCUUUUCCUUUCCGUUCCUGAGUGCUGGAUGCUGAGAUCUCGAAUCAGCGAAGGCCGCGAUUUCUUCUGCGAAUAGAUCGUCGCCGCCGAAUCUUCGUGGCCAAUCUCGUGGGAUCCGGCGAUAUCUUUCAGUAGAAAUUAUUGAUGGAUAAAAGGAGUUGCCACUUGGCGGGCUAGAAGAAAAUUUAUGUGGUCUGGGUGAGCAGUGGAAAUGCUAUUGGCUGUGGAAGGAGGAGGAUUCUUUUCUUCUUCAGCAUCAGGAUAUAGCAAAGGCCUUGCCCUUCUGCUCCUUGGCCGGAGAAAUGAAGAAAGGCCUAUGAGAGUUUCACCGUGGAAUCAGUAUCAAUUGGUUGAGCAGGAAGUUGAGACAGAAUUUCAACUGGCUUCCAGGAAAAACCAAUCUUCCUGUGGGUGUGCCUCCUUCAUCUGCUUUGGUUGUGUGCCUGCAGGAAUUGAUGGUCCAUCUCCCCCUAAAGUGGGUCCUGCCCAUCAGCCUGAAGUUUUGUCAGAUUCUUCUUCUUCUUUAUCUUCUUCUCAUAAGGGCAAGCUAGCAAUUAAUGAUGGUAUUAAUGGUAAUGUAAGAAAUGCUUAUCUCAAGAGUAAUCUGAAAAGGCCCUUCGCAGACCGUUCUGCAGUGGUUUCUGAGGUUGAUGAUGCACGUGAAUCUGUGGAAGAGAUGCCAAACAAUACAUCUUGCUGUAUUGAAAGGAGGAAAGUGCAGUGGACUGAUGCAUGUGGAAAAGAGCUUGCUGAGAUAAGGGAGUUUGAAGUUAGUGAUGAUGGCUUAUCAGAUGAGGAAUGUGAACAUGAAGGUAUUAGAAGAUGUGAGUGUGUGAUUCAGUAAGUUUUAUGUUCUGUUAAACUGGAUCCAUGGACAGAAGCAGGCAGGCAUGGUUCUCUUCUCUGGCAACUAAACAAGCGCUAUGCAAUCAGGCAGAUGCUUGCAAGGUUCUACUACUUUCCCCAGCAAAGUUGCCUAUUCCUGCCUUUAUCAACUACAGAGAUAUUCUUUGAACUGAUUGCUUGGGGGAAGGACAUGACAACAUGUGGCAACAAUCAUGAGAUUAUUCACUCAUUUUUUUGUUUUCUUUUGUUGCAGCCCAUGUUUGAGAUUUCCUGCAUCUGUUUUCAGGAUUUCAAUUUUGUCAUUCUGGGUAUAUUUAUCUCCUUGUAUCUUGUUCUUCUGUAGCUUUAAUCUUUUCUACAUAGUGUUUUAUUUGCUCGCUUGUUUUACCAUAUGUUAGUCUGUUGACCAUUUUUUU